AGUCAGUGGCUGGACAGUGUGUCUCUGCUGAUUAAGGACUCAUUUGAAGGAGAGAUGCUGAUGAUUGACAACCUCUCUGGAUCUGUCUUCCAUCACUACUCUUCUACCUCUUCUCCUGUCUGGAAGGACUGUAAGAGCCACCCACAACUAGAGCAGAUCCGGCUGGCAGAGAUAGAGCAGGCAUCUCUGAGGUCAGACCAAAUGUCAGACAAGUCGUCGUCUCCGGCCCUACCUGAUGACCUCAGCCUGGACGACCAGAGUGUCCACCAGCUGCUGGUGCGGGAGGGAAAGGAGGAGAGGGGCAGUGACUCCCAGGGCUCAGAGGAGGCUGGCGGAGGAGGGGACUCCUUGACCCAGGCCCAGACAGGGGGGUCGAGGCAGUGCAGGGCCCACAGUUCAGUAGCCGAGGAGGGGGCUCCACUCCUGGUGGAGGUGGGGGUCCAUCAGAGACACAAGACCCCAUCCCACCACAGCCCUGGUGGCACCUCCUGCAGUAGCACUAAGGCAGGAGAAGGAUCAGAUGAGGGAGGAAGAGGAGGAGGAAGAGUAGGAGCAGCCAGUGCCUCUGGUUCUCCUGCUCUUAUCCGUCUGCCAGCGGAGUUCUUCCACCCCGUGGCAGCAGCGGCCCUGCCGGCGCCCCCCAGUGCCAGAGUAGGGCGCCCCUCACGGGGCCUCAGACUCACCUCCCCGGCCUCCUGGUCCUCCCUGCGCUCCCAAGGAGCCCACAGCCGGGUGCUCUGCACACAGUACCCGUCCCAUAGUGACUCGUCUCUGGCCAAGGGGAGCUCCGUUGGCAGCCUCCAGACCACCCUAGAGGAAGGACUCAGCUUCCGUGUUUCGCCCCCUCAAGACCUGGUGUCCCCCCUCCCUCCUCUCCCCCUGCUCUGCCCCCCGCUCCCUGAGGACCCCACCAGUCUGAGACCGCGGCCCAGCCCCUCGUCAGGCCCUGCCCUCACCCUCCAGGCCACUCGGGGCCACCAGCGGAGCCAGAGCAGCGGCAGGGGUAGCAUCAGCCCCGGCUACACCCGGGAAGACUCCAUGGACCCCGUUCCAUGUGACCUGGAGGACCUGGGCAUCGGGAUCAGUUUGUCUAUCGGGGGGUGUGGCUCUAGCCAGGCGGGCAACAGCGAACACUUGUCGGAGACGCUAAGCAGUCUGUCGCUCACAUCGUUGCUCUCGCCCGCCUCCCUGGCACCCUCGGGGGUGAAGAAAUGCAACAGCACUGGGAGCUUGAAUCAGGGGGCGAGGAGGGGGGAGGGGAGACAGAUCCUAGGGUUGGAGUUGGACCAUCAGGGCUUCCUGGCCAACCCUUGGGGAGAGAGUGGGGGAGGCAGAGGAGAGGAGGGACAGUUGGGAGAGGCGCCGGACCUCAAGGGGAAAAGCUCAAGCCAAACAACAGUAGGGUCCUGUAGUAAAAACAGAUGAAGCCUGAAUCCCUUGUUGUCUACUAUCGCUCCUAUUAGGAUUCAUCAACCCCUUACUGUUCCUCUCCGUCCCCCUCAGGCAGAGAGAAGUUUGACGUUUUUGACAACGUGUGAUGUAAUCCCGUGAAUUCCUAUAACCAAACCCCUCCCUCUUGUUCUAUAAAUAUUUGUUUAUGACCCCCCUGUCCCAUUUUGUGCUACCAUGUGGCAGUGGUUCAGGUGUGGAGGGUCAGAGGUCAAACGGUGGAAGGUUAAAGGGGAUUACAGGUGUGACCCCUGUGGUGAGGGUGUGGGGGGCUGGGAUGGACCCCCCAUCACACCCCUGUGGAGGAGAAGGACCCCCAGAGGAGGAGACAGACCAGGAGGGCUGCAUCAUCAUAUCAGGGAGAUAUACAUAGAAGACGUAGCCAGAGACAAGCUGAGACAGAGAUCUAACGAGAACAUUUUGUUUGAACGUCGUUCCUGUUUUCCUGUUUGUUUUCAUUUUUUGUUCGGCUUCACAGAAGUUAAAAAUGCAAAAAUAGAAUAUCUAACAAAACUGAGCUGAUCAAGCCAACAGAUUUUAUUUAUUUUUAAGUGUGGCUGUAAAUCACAGUGUAGGAGGAGGCUGUAUGUACGUUGCAGUGUAGGAUGAGCCUGAAUGUACGUCACGGUGUAGGAGGGCUGAAGCCAGAUCUGUUGUGGUAGACGGAGGCUACAGGUCCUUGUGUGUGGAGUGGAAGAGGGGUGAGGAGGUCUAGGUUGAACAGAGGUGGUGUAGAGGUCACCUGAGAAGGAGUUGUUAUAGUGGAAGAGGGGUGAGGAGGUCUAGGUUGAACAGAGGUAGUGUAGAGGUCACCUGAGAAGGAGUUGUUAUAGUGGAAGAGGGGUGAGGAGGUCUAGGUUGAACAGAGGUAGUGUAGAGGUCACCUGAGAAGGAGUUGUUAUAGUGGAAGAGGGGUGAGGAGGUCUAGGUUGAACAGAGGUAGUGUAGAGGUCAC